GUUUCCAUUCCUCUCCCCCCAAGAGAAACUUCCAAAGAAGAAGAAAGGGAAGUUGGGUCUAGUCCCACUAUUGAUGUAGAUAACUUAGAAAUAGAAGUCUCUACAAGUGAAGAUGAGACCGAGAGUAUUGUGGAUCUCCAAGAUGCUUAUAACGAGUUAUACAAGGAGUGUCUCAAACAAGGAAAUAAAUUGUUUUCAUUGAGCACAAGGCUCAAGAUGAGUGAAAAUGAAAAGAAAGCACUUCAUGUGGUUUUAAUUGAGUCCAAAGCUUAUAUUUGUGGGCUUGAGGAGGAAAAGAAGUCCCUUCAUGACAAG